GAGGAAAAAAAACGAACUGCUUCUGGUGGUCUGACCCGGAAGUAGGUAGCUUGCUAUUAGCUGUUAGCUUUGGUAUUCAUGCCGCGAUUAAUUUAAACGACAAAAUUUAAACAUGUCAUCACAAGCAAUCAGCGUGACAGUCGCUUACGGUUCUACGAAACACAGCAUCACGGUCACCAGUCAGGAGGAUGGCAAGAGUCCGACUGUCAAAGACUUGUCAGAGAGUCUCACUCAGGUCACCGGAGUACCUUCGGCCUCGCAGAAGCUCAUCUUCAAGGGGAAGUCGCUGAAGGACAUGGAGCAGACGCUGUCCAGCUACGGGAUUAAAGACGGAUGCAAACUCAUGAUGAUUGGAAAGAGGAACAGUCCCGAGGAGGAAGCCGAGCUGAAGAAGCUGAAAGAUAUUGAAAAAUCAGUGGAGCAGACAGCUAAAAAGCUGGAGAAGGUCGACGGGGAGUUGACUGGACUCAAGAAUGGUUUCCUGGCCAAAGAUCUUCAGGCUGACGCGCUGGGAAAACUGGACCACAGAGUGAAAGUCGCGGCCGAACAGUUCAUGAAGAUCCUGGAGCAGAUCGAUGCUCUGAGCGUCCCAGAGAACUUCAACGACUGUCGCAUAAAGAAAAGCGGCCUCGUGAAGACUGUCCAGGACUUCCUGGCCCAGUGUGACAAGAUGGAGGCUUGCAUAUCAGACCACCUGACAAAGAUCCAGUCUAAAAAUCUAGCCCUGGCGGAUUGAAGACAUCGUAAUACUGUCGUUAUUGCUCUGUGAGCAACUACUGUGCUGUGUACAGAGAGCACAUCUGUUGUCUGUAUUUAUUGUUAGCGUGCUCGGUCCUUUAGCCCUCAAUGCUUGUAGAUUAUGUCAACAUGACUUUUCAUCAUGGUGUCAUCCCAGCUUUAAGAUUUACGUCAGAUUGCCAUGACAGUGAUACUCAGUGGACAACUGAGUGUGUUUAAUUAAAAGAUUUAAGUGCUCAGAAGCGGUAGUUAGCUUAUUUUUACAAUAUGGCAGUCAAAAUGUUGAAACAUCACCUGUAACUUUAAUUAUAAUUUUUAAUAUGGCGAUAGUUUAAGCCUGCUUCAAAAACAAAACAAAGAAAUUAAGUAGUUUUUCUUUAUUUUAGCGUCAUACAAUGUUUGACUUAUAUUUACAUUUAUUUUUUACACGGGUAAAAUACUAUUUAAAAAUCAGCGACUGUAGAUUUAAUACUUUUAAAGGGUGGCAGUUUGCACCUGGGACAAACUAAUUCAGUAGUUUUACUUUAUUUUACUUUUAUAUUACAGUGAUUAACUUCAAAUGCAAUUUUUGAGGUGAAUUUUGUAAAAUGUGUUUAUUAAAACAAGCAAUUAGAAGCCGAUAUUGGGAAAAAAAAAAGUUUAUUUAAAAAAAGUAUUUGACAGGUCUGUUUUUUUCAUCGCAAAACUAGACAACUCCAAGAAAAUACUUUUCUUCAAAAACAGACUAGUAGAACAUUUUCAAAUAACGAUAAAAUAACAAUGAAAUAGUAAUUAGUAGUUUUACUUUUUUAGUUAUCCAGUGAACCCCCGCUAUUCACAGGGAAUCGGGACUAAGUUCUGUCAUGAAUAGCGAAAAUCAGCAAAGAAUUGAUGCCCUCGCCCCUGGGUUUGCUAUUGCUUAUAGAUGCCACAAGAUGGCGGCAAAGCACGAUGGUCGAAAUGAAGCUCCUUGUCGCUCUUCAAUAUAGUUCCUUGGCUCCAAGCUGCCACAAGAUGGCAGCAAAAGCAAUAUUUGUAUUGCUUUAGCCUGAGUACAAAAAGUAAGAUAACUUUAGUGUCAUUGUACAGGUACAAUGUAAUUUUGGCAGAGGAAGCCUGCAGAUGGCUAAAAAAAGCAAAACGCACAAAAUACGGAAUAUGUACAAGAUCUAUAAAUGCUGACCUGCGAAUAUGCAAGGUUAACUUGUUUUUACACUUGCAUGGCAGUUAGUUUUAUGUAAAACGAAAUUAAUACAUGGUUUGUAAUGGUGAUUAACUUGUUUUUUUUACACUGGCAGUUAUAAAAAAAAAAUUGACUAGCUUCAAUUAAGCUUUGGAAAUGGUGACAGCUUGAGCCCGGGACAGUAACGAAUGAAUUCAGUAAUUCUAUUUUACAGUGGUUAACUUAUUUUUGCCAUUGUCAAAAUGUGACCUAAAACAUGGCACGUGUAGUUUAAAUAAAGGUUUUACAAUGACAACA